UAAGGACCUUGGCAGAGUGUGCAGUCAGUGCACCUCGCGCGUUCCGUUCCUUUCUCAAAGGCUGCUUCCGAGUCAGCAGCUCAGCUGACGUCUGACAACUGCGCGGAUUGUUUAACGCGGGUUUAGUCAUUGUCAGACCCUGUAAGUGGGUGGACAUGCCACUCUCUGGUGUUCUCCAGUGUCACUUUGGAUCGUGUGUUGGUGUGUCAAGGGAAGUGUCAGUCAGACUCUGAGGUUCCAUCGACUUACAAGAAUCCUUUAGUGUAACAAUGGAGGAGAUUCCAAGGAGAAGCUGGACCCAUUGUGUUGUAGAUCAGUAUGUGAAGGAAGUGACAGACUUCAGUUCUCAAUAUGGCAGUGAUGGCUCAAUUUCCUAUGUUGCUAAUAACAUCAUUGGCAAGCCAACAUUGUACCCAGACUAUGGAGAUUUCUCUGCUGCAUACUGCCUGCGAAGCUAUGGCUAUUGGUGGGCUAAGAGUGACUCAGCUCCCCAACCCAUUGAAGACCCCAAGCCCCUUUUACCCCCAUCAGUUGACUUCAUUGAUCUGAAGUAUGACAGUGCUGUAUACCCCAUUAGAGUGGAUCUAUAUGAGACUUAUCAUCCUGGGAGUGCAGUACGGGUAUGGGGCUCCCUGGAGGGGCAGAAUUGGGUGUUGCUGUGGGCAGGGGAGCCCCAGACAGGACUGAAAGCAGCUUCCCGGAUCUUCUCUCCUCCCAUUGAGCAGCCACGUGUUUUAAUCAACAUGUUGAGGAUUGAGUUUGACCAGCGAGGCCACAGCUACUACUCCGCCCUGGAUGCAGUGAUGCUGGUUGGUUCUACCCAUUCAGGCAGUGGAUAUGAGGCCACAGGAGAGACUAUCACCAUGCAAGUUAUGAAGAUGGGAAUCCAUAAGUCCAUUUGUGAAGAGGACAUCCUUAGUGGAGUUCAGUUCCUGUUGUCAGAGGAUAACCUUCAGAAGCUGAUGGAAGAUGAACACAAAAACCCAGGAGAAGAGCUCACAAGGGAGGAAAAAGCAGACUUAGAAGUUUGUGAAGAUUCCCUUACAACUGUGGAGGCUACCUCUUCUGAGGGUGAUACAGACAUCUCUGUUGAAGAGGGGACAAAGGGAGGAUAUUUUGACCUCUUACCAGAGGAGCUGAUCAUGUACAUCCUGCAUAAGCUUGACAUCAGGAGUCUGUGUCGUCUAGGCUGCACCUGCAAGCUGCUCCAAGGCUAUGCCUCUGACCCUUUCCUCUACAUGACCCUUAAUCUCCGGAAUUGUUGGUGGUUAGUGAAAAACUCAACACUUGAGUGCCUAGCACCAAGGUGUUCUCUACUACAGUGCCUGAACCUGUCCUGGUGUGGUCCUUAUGAUGCUGUAAACACAGAAACUUUCAUGGAAUUCAUCCACACAUGUGGCCAUCAGCUUAGAGUUCUCAGACUCAACAAUUGCCACUUCAUUGACAACUAUUGUCUCUAUAUGAUUUCAGUUGUCUGUCCAAAUUUGAUUGAACUAAGCAUGGCUAACUGCAGUAAAGUUGAUCACCUGGGAUUUGGAGAGCUGAAAAAGGCCAGAGCACUGGCCAGAUUGGACCUCACACGCACACACAUAAACUUCCACACCCUUCAGCUCCUGCUGCAGCAUGCCAGUCAUCUUCAGCACCUAAGCCUAAACAACUGCUCUCAGCUGGAUAUGGAUGAAGUAGCAUUGACUCUAGCCACCUUCAAUCAUAGACUGGUGUCUCUGAAUGCAUGGAAGACUCGUGGUCUGACACAGAGAGGUUUACGUGCUCUUGCGUGUAUUCCCACACUGCAAGACUUGGACCUUGGAUGGGCUCUGUCAGGAGGAAUCACAGAAAGUUUUGCUGAACUUGUCCGAGAGUGCAAGGGGCUCAAGAGAUUAUACUUGUCAGCUUUACGAACCUUCACUGACCAUGACCUUCACCUCCUGAUCACCCAUGCCAGGAACCUCACUCAGCUGGACAUUAUGGGCACCAGAAACAUCACUCCAGAGGCAGUUCACCGAUUACUACAAUUUUGCCCUAAUCUGGAACUUCUUGAUGUCAGCUUUUGUGAGCAGAUCCACUACUCUCAUGUCCAUCACUGGGCUGUGCAGUUCCCCCAUGUUUCUAUCAAGGGAGGCUUGUGGCAUCAAGUUCGCAUAGUCUAGCAAAGUGAGCAGCUUUUGUGUUUUAUAGAUUUUUCUGCCUAUCUGUUUGUCUAUCUGUCUGUUUAUUUAGCUAUCCAUCUGUAGAUCUGUUUAGAGAUUAGGAAAAUUGUGGGACUACUACCCAUUCUUGUCUUUUUUUCCAGUUAGACAUACUUAUUUCACUGCUUGAUUUGUAGAAACUAGAAUUCUGUAUAAUAUACUGUGAUUCAUAUGUAUAGGUGUCUGUAACAGAUUUAUAGAAAAAGGAAAGUUUAUACAUAGAAAUCUUAUAAAGAUACUUUUAUUACAUAAAAACUACUUAAAUUUUA